GGUGGGCCCGAUGACCGUGAGGCUUUAGAGCUGGGAGGGAGGAUGACGGAGCAUCAAGCUGUUAAAGUUACCGUUGUUAGGUUUUUGGUGAGAGAAACGCUGAGGAGUAACGCCGUCACGUUACGACCGGCAUCGUCUAAAGGCAAGGAGAAGUAUUAUACCUGCUUUACAACCAACGUGGAUCCAAAAAAAGAAAAGGAACUAGACGAAGGAGUAUUAAAAGAUUUCAAGAGCAAAUGGAAAGAAACGGUGGAAUACAAAGAAAAGGAACCAAACAACAUAAUUCAAGAAAUAUUGUCAAUAGGGCAAAGUCAAGACUUUGACCUUAUAGUGGUUGGAAGAGGGAGGGUACCGUCGGCCAAGGUGGCGACAUUAGCUGAGCGUCAGGCCGAACAUCCCGAGUUAGGUCGUAUCGGAGACGUGCUUGCCUCUUCGAUCAACCACAUCAUCCCAUCAAUCCUUGUGGUUCAACAACACAACAAACCUCAAGUAGAAGAGAUUGCGGUUUCAAAAAUUGUUAAGGAGUCGUCCCUAACUAUUAAUGGAGAUGCAAAUGUAUGAAUAAAAUAAAGAUUGAUGUAGCCAGUUGAACGUUACCUUAAUGGUUAAAGUGGUAAGAAUUGUAGAAAGAGCGUUCUGCAUAUAAAUAAGCGUGAUUAUGCAUCUUGUUAAUGUAAACCAUUAGUAAACUGUAGAUAAUUGAAUAGUCAAUUUACUCCACUGAUGCAAAAUCAUUUUUCUAAAUUACUCGGUUCCUUGUGGAGAGAGAUUUUUUUAAAACCCUUUACUGGCAGGUCCCAAGUGCCAAGUACUAUUUAGGUCUUCUAGUAAUAUAACAGUGAUCAUAUUGUUCAAAAAAACAACAGCGAUCUUAUACUUGGGACCAACCAAAAAACAGUUAG